UGGGGAGGAGAGUAGACGAUUAAGUACAGGCUGGGUCAUAUGGAAAUAGUGAGCUAUUUUAUACAAUCUAAACAGCUCUAAAUCAUAUUCGGAAAGCAGAAAGCCACUGAACAGAUUUUAAAUAAGAUGAUACAACCGGACUUCAUUUUUUAAAAUUCUCCUUGCACACAGAAAGGAUCGGAGAGGAACAAGGUUAAUAAUAAGAAAAAUAGGAAGCAACUAUAGUACUAGAGACAAAAUUUACAGUGAUCUGAGUUGGAACUCAGCAUUGAAGAAGCAGAGUAGUAUUAAAAAAUACCAAGACUUGGGGCUGGGGAUUUAGCUCAGCGGCAUAAGCGCCUGCCUUGCAAGCAGGCAGUCGUGAGUUCAAUUCCCGGUACCGAUAAAAAGGAAAAAGACAAAAAAAAAAAAAAAAAAAACAAGACUUAAAGUGAUUGGAUGAAUGCUGAAACAAACUUCAGAGUGAGAGAUAAGCCUCAGCGUUCUAAUUUGGACAGCUCAAUGGAUGGUGCUAUCUGUCAUUCUAACCAUAAGGACAGUAUCUCCUGGGUCUCCAGUGUGAGCAAUAAACCUACUGGACUUUGUGUGACCAGCUUCUCUAGUCAUCAUGCUUUUUGGUGACAUCAGUGAAUGUCUCUGUCUUCACAAAGGCAUAUGGUGUGAGGGCAGUGAUUUGAGAUGCCAUCCUUUAGUGCUACAUUUUUGGCUUUGCCUAUAAAAAGGCAGGUGGGUUGUGGCUCCCAGAUCAUGGCCACUUGACCUUUUCGGCCUGAGUGAUCUACAUACUUUUCUUUGCUUGGAUACCUGGGAAGAACAUAUUUAGUGACAGCUUAAGUAAACAUGGAAAAAGCAUAUCUGGAUUUGUUUAAAUUUCUUAUGAACACUUCGGACAAGUCAAACUACUCAUCAAAUUACAGUUCUUCAGGGGAGAAACAGAGCCUUGUUCGUUUCCUCACAAACCCACACUAUGGAAGCCUCAUUAAUGCAGAUGGCCAUGGUGAAGUGUGGAUAGAUUGGAAUGAUACAUCCAAAUUUUUCCAAUAUGGAUGGAGAUGUACCACUAGUGAGAAUUCCUAUUCUAACCGAACUCUGGUAGGAAACUGGAACCAGGAAAGAUAUGACCUAAGGAAUAUUGUGCAGCCCAAACCCUUGCCUUCUCAGUUUCAACACUACUUUGAAACAACAUAUGAUACAAGCUACAACACCAAAUUGCUACUUUCAACCCAUAGAUUUAAGCGAGAGCCUCAUUGGUUCCCCGGACAUCAACCUGAACUGGACUCUCCUCCAAACAAAUGCACAGAAAAGUCAGUUUAUAUGAGUAACUAUUCAAAGCCUCAAAUUAGGCAUCACUUGAGCUGUGCAUGGGUUGCUAAUACUGAUCAAUCAUAAGAUCCAGGAUUCUAAGAAAGAAUAAGAAGCUUCACUUUCCAAAGUAAAAUGUAAGAAAGAACACAUUCUAAGCACAACUAAAAAACUGACUCACUGUAACACACUUUCACCCUCUAAAUAAAUCACAAGGGAUAAAAAAUA